GAUAGUGGUAAGAACUUCUCUUUCAAUGACUAUCAUUUCAUCGUAACAUCGACAUUCGUGCACCCCUCACAAACCCCUCAAAGUCUCCAUCACUGGAAGUGUCUCCGACGCUGGCCAUGCUGCCUGUAGAGCUCAUCCGUGAGAUCAUCUUCCGUUAUGUCGACGAUGCUACGCCCGAGAAGCCAACCGACCUGGUCCACCCCUCGCCUUCUUCGCGCAAUCAGUGGUUCGACGUUAAACCAAAGGCGUAUUGGGAUUCCGUCUCUUCGCUUAGCCUGGUGUCGAGGGUCUUUCGUGAUAUCACUUUGGAGGCGUGGUUUCAAACCUUUGUAGUGCGUAGACCUAAAGUACAUCUGACGGGUUUGUCAACCAUACCAGGAGUGUCGCAAUGGACAAGGGUAGUGCACUGGAUCAAUCCAACUAGUUUUUCGGAAGGGUUGUCGCUCGGGCACUUCUCUUUUAAGCGGAGUCUCAUGGCGUUCGUCCGUUUACGCAAGUUGCGAAUCGCCGCGUUUCCCUCUAAUCACUCCAUCAUCCUCCUGGAGAUGUUCGAGGAGCUCCCGCCCACUGUGGUCGAGCUAGAGCUGCGGUACCAUGCGUGGCCGAGUCCGCAGCAGCUCGUUCCUACAGCGACACUUCUGCCAAAUCUACGUGUCCUAGAGAUGCAUCAAGAACGCGCGUGGUGCAGCCUUUGCAAUACGUGCAAUGUAUUGCGUCUCAGGGACGAUCCAGUCACCAUCACUUAUACCAAUGGUGACGGCCUCCCUAAACUGUACAACCGCUACCUGGCACCUUUAUUACAUCUGCGCACGGUGCGCUUGAGUGCUGCGUACACUCUGUACGGGUCCGUUGGGUUGCAGGACCUCAAGACGCCAUGGCGCGGCGAGUGUGGCGAGUGCACUUCGCUGCACCUCACCGACGAGGCGUUCGUGGCCGACUGGGAGGCCCAAAACAAGGAGGAACCGCGUCCGCCCUCCCUGCGCAAAGUAAUUUGGACAUUUGCGCCCGUCGAGGAGGAGGAAUCUUCAGAGGAAGAUACUGAAAGCGACUAUGUGGACGACUUGACGCGUCUCCAAGAACGGUACUGGAUGGAAUUGGACCAUGACUCGGACGAUGACAGUGGAUGGGACAGUUUGGGGAGCGGCGAUGAAAAUUAAGGUCGACACCGCCUUGGAGUCCCCUUUUUGGGUA